CAGUAAUAGUUAUAUUGAAUUUGCGAUUUUUUUCUAACAUAAAAUAUAUAGGUAUGUAGUAUGAAUAUAGGUGACUGAUAAUAAAUUUAAAGAAUGUGCGAUGGAAGAAGAAUUAAAUGCAGACAUAAUAAAAACGACGCAGUUAUCGUUGGGAAAAUUUGUGAAACGACCUCCACUUACCGAAAAGUUAUUAAGGAAACCGCCGUUUAGAUUCUUACACGAUGUUAUUAUAACGGUUCUGAAAACUACCGGCUUCUUUGAAGGGCUCUUUGAACAAGAUGAAUUAAUAUCUGACAAUGUGAAAGAUAGAGAAAGUAAAAUACAAUUCCUGAAUAAGGUCAUAACAGUCUUAAGUAUUGCAACAGGACAAACCUUAUCAGUUAAGCCUUCAAAAAUAGUUGCUGGCCAAGAACCAGCAAAAACAAAUGAGUUGCUGCAAUGUCUAGGACAAGCUUUAGAAAAACAACUGUCUUCAGCAGAGGCAGUUCAAAAAUAUAAAGAUAAUAUAAAAACCCAGGACACUAUAAAUAAAAGCAGUAAAAACUCUACCAAAGUUGUAAAGAAAAAUCAAUAUGUUAAGAAAACUCCUUCAAUUAAAAGUAAUAAAAGUGAUAGCCCCGACAAAGAUCAAAAAUCUGUUUCCAAAUUACGAAUGAAAGAUACUGCAGCUAAAGAAUCUCCACCCAAAAAACAAUCUAUAACAAAUGUUAAGAAAAAUGUUGUUAAGAACAUACAAGAUCCCAAAACAAAUAGCAAAAAAAAUAAACAAGAAAAAUCACCCAAUUUGAAGCAAGUUGAUGAACCAGCAAAAAGUAUUGAUAAAGAUGAUGGUAAUAAUGUUUCAGAAGUUAAUGAAAUAAAGGCUUCUACAGAAACUAACACAAAUGAUGACAAAGAACUGCAAACACAUCAUGAUACAGAAAAAGAUCAAAUAAAUAUUGACAUUGCAAAUGAUAUCAUACCUGAAAAGUCUGAGACAGAACUUAAAUCAGUAAAAAGUGAUAGUCAAGAUGAGAAACCUAGUUUUGAAAACCCUAUAAAUCUUGAAAAGACAGUUAUUGAAGAAUCAAACAAUAAAGUUAUUGACAAUUCUAAAGAUGUGGCAAUUAGUAACUCAAGUGACACCAAAAAAAAUUCUUAUGAAUCAAAUUCAGUUAACAAUGUAGAUAAAAGACCUCAAAGUGUGAGGCCCUCAUCAUCUAGACCGGGAGCUCCAAGAGUAAAAGAAAAACAUGAUGCUACAUUGAUAGGAACCGAGAAUCCUAUUGCUCAAAAACCAAAUAUCAUAGUUGAAAAUACAGUACCAGAAGAGGAAGAAGAUGGAAGUAUAAUUAUUGUGGAAAAUCAAACAGAUCCAACAUCACAAAAUGAAGAACAAUUACAAUUAACUUCUAAACAGCAUGGUCAUUUGGUACAACAAAUUUUGGAUUCUCAAAAAGAGUUUUCCCAAAUAUCAGGAAAGACGGAAAUUGAAUGGCAUUUUGGUGCACAAAAAGCAAGGGAUGUUGUAAAUCAAGAAAUUGAACAGAUGCGUUUCAAUGUCCAAGCUUUAUCAAGGAUUAGCAACCCAUUGGGGAAAUUGAUUGACCAUAUACAAGAAGAUGUUGAGGUAAUGAGGCAGGAACUACAGGAGUGGACGAAAAAAUAUGAAGAAGCAUCUAUUGAAUUAUCUAAACAAAAAAUCACCAAUGAGGAAUCCCUACAACCUCUUCAAGCAAAAAUAAAACAACUGGAUGCUGAUAUAGAGGAGAAGCGAGAUAAAAUUAAUGAUCUCAGAAUUGUAGUAUUUAAGAAUUAUUAUAGAAUUGAAAAUCUCCUUUCAGCAAAUGGAAAUGUGCAAUAAAUUAACAAUUUAAUGUUUCUUUUUUUUCUCAUUAUUAUAUUAUUGCAAU